UGGAGCUCUAGAGACUAUUGAUUUUGGUCGUCUUACUAACUUCACGGAUUUCUCUCAACUUACCAAUUUGUUUGAGAUGGAUCAAUGGAAAUUUGCACAACGCGUAUACUUACUUAGUAUGGAUUUCGAUAAUUUUCCCAUCGAACAGUUGUCGCAUUUAAUUUCCUUCGACAUCGAAUGGACCGAGACAUCAGUUGCUGACGCGAUCAAGAUUAAAGAUAUUAUCUUGCGAUCCCCUCACUUUGAGUCAGCAUCAAUUCUUUCUCACUGUGUUAACAAAAUUAAACCGGAAGUUUUGAAAGUCUUUCAUCCAAACUACAUUGCUACCGACCGUGACUACAAUGAAAUGUUAGAACUGCGAAAUGAUUACUUCAGAUCCAUCGUCUACGCUGGUGGUUCUAGCAUUGAUAUCUACAAUGUCAAUCUCGAAGAUCCUGAUGAUUUUGAAUAAUAAAUCAAAUUAAUCUU